CCCACAGGUCUCGGAUCAGCGAGAGGUCGUACACGGGAAUGUCCACGCCGAUCCGCUCUGCCUUCAUGAUGCUGAACAACACACACCCGAGGAGAGAAAGGCCGAGCGAUCUGAAAUAAACUCGAGGAGGAGCUCGGACACACACGCCGUUACAGACGCUGAUGAUGACACGUAUAAAGACACACACACACACACACACCGCGUCGUCGUGCUGAACAGCUCAAUCACAGGACAUGAGUUCUGCUCUCAUUCAUGACAAACUCUUCAUCAAGACGUUCUGGGAGCAGAAGAUCGUCAAUCACGGUCACAUGAGAGACGUGGAGGAAGACAGGAUGAAGAAGAGCGCUCUCACCAAGCUGCGUGACGAGUGGCUCGAGAGACUGGAGGCUCGGACCAAACAUCUGAAGAACUUCAGUAACCGCGAGACGAACUCGAGCGCCGCAUGACGAGGAGCUCACACUGAUCUGAUGCCACAAUAAACACACACACACACACACUCCUGAGCUGUGUUCGAUUCUCUUUAUUUCACACUCACAAACGACAGAUGGAAAUAUUCAGGCUCUGAACAGGUGCAGUGAAGGACGCCCAAACACUGAUCCGACACACACACACACACGAGUAUUUCAAGCUCUGUCAGCGCUCGUUUAAACUCAAUCCAUCAUGAGUGAUUAACAAAACUCUGUCUCCUGAAAGUAAAAGAUCAAAAAACAAAAAUCUGAUGUUUAAACGAAAGUGUUUAUCAUUGAAAGCGUCCGUCUGGAGUCCGUCAA